AUGGUGGGCGCGGGGCGCCGGGCCCGCCUCCGGCCCCAGCCCGCGGCUCGCGGCCGUGCAGCCCGGCCCGGCCGCUCUGCGUCCACCGGCGACCACCCCACCCACUCCCACGCCCUCGGAGCCACGUCCCCUACCCCUCUCCGGCCGGCUUCUAAGGUCCCAGGCCACGUCCAGUCCGGAAGUCGUAGGGAAGUGGGGAGGUCAGGACGGUGGCGCCCGCGGCUUGGGUCCUCCUUGGGGCGGUGUGCGCGCGGCUUUCUCUUCCACCGUCCUGGACCUGCUCUGACUCCCGGCCCGAGGCUCCCCGCGUGGCCUCGCGUCUGGUCGCCGGCCCCUCGCGGCUCGCUCCGCCCAGCAUGGACCCGGAUCCGGGGCGCCUCAGUGGCAAUCUGCCAGGAGGGCCGUAAGGUGCAAGGGAACCAGUUACAAAUAGCAGUGCUGGACUUGAGGAGGGCUCCUCCUGAACUGGAAGGCAAGCAGGAGGACGCUCCCCCGGGGCUCGGUCCAGGAGAAAACCUGCUGCCAGUGUGGAGUCUUGGCGGGGCGGUCCCGGCGAGGCCGCCUGCGAGGGUGGCUGGCUCAGCCCGGACUGGGUCUCCUGGCCACGCGGGCCGCAAGGCCGCAGCUCCCAGAGAGGAGGGCCCGGGCUGUUUUGCUCAAGGCAGCCAAAGAAUUCAGAGCAAGUCCACGUGGACAUGCAGGUCUCCGCGAGCGAGGAUUUCCUGCGAGGCUGAUCGCGAGGAAGUGCCGGCCCAGAGGCUCGGGCGCGGUGUCUCCCCGGGAACGCGGCCGGCUGAGAAGGCCGGGGCGCUCGCCAGGAGCGGGGACGUCCUCGGUGUCGCGGGGACGGAAGGAGGCGGCGCAGGCCCGGAGACGUGCGCGCGGGCGGCGAGAGGGCGCUGUGGCCCGUGCCUGCCGGCCGGAGUCCCACCAGCGGUGGGCGCGACCCACCUCCUCCCACGGCGGCUUAAUUCGGGAAACUAGAAGAAAACACAUCAAGGCGUUUCAGUAAACCCUAAGCGGCUCCGGA